CAGUGUGCCCAGCGAGGCUGAUGACGACGCGUGUACAACACCUACGCAACGCGAAAAAAAACCCUAACCGCGCAAAAAAAUCAUCAAAAAAAAUCCUUUCAAAAAUAAAAAAAUUUCUAACGGCCUAAAAUAAAAAAAAUCGAAAAUUCAAAUACCAAUCUUUUGGUUUCAAAAUUUUUCGAAAAUUCGCGCGCAUGCGUUCGAGUCAUCGCCGCCCGCUGACACAUUCAAGAGAUAGUUUUACGCAAUAGACUUUAUUCAGUUUUUUCACAUAAUCAUCAUAGAUUUUAAGUGAUUCCAUAAUCAAUAGUAAUCAGCAACACUUGAACAGACCAUAGAAGAAACACCGGUUUCAUUUUGUAAACUAUAAACUAGCGUUAAGGCAACUGAAAGGCAGGUCAACUUGGAUCCGUUGUGAAAGGGCUGAACUAACAUCCACAACCAUCCAGGAGGAGCCGCCAAAAUUAAUUUAAGAAGAAACAGAAAACCCAUGGGAAGAAGACGAAGAAGACCAUGGAUUUCUAAAUGCAGAUCAAACUAAGUUAAAUGCGCAAAAAGCUGAAAUACUCCAAGAUUUUAUAGUAAAGGAGAAAUUAGAAACAACCAAAUAACAGCAACAGCCAUUUGACGAUAAAGAAACACGUUUUUUCGCAAUAGAACAAGUUUUACGUUUAUAUCAACCGUUAUUACAAAGAAACAAUAGAAAAGAGAAUUUAAACAUUUCAGUUCUUUAAGUACAUUUAAACAACCUGGUUAUUUUGGGGACUUUACGAUUGAGUUAUAUUGAUUUUUAUAUACAGACUCUCCAUAUAUAUAGUGAAAAGUAAUUUUAGUGAAAUACUCGGACUACUAUAAGGCUAAGUAAUACUUGAAACUUUCGGACACUAAGUUUUGGAAAUAUUCGACCAAUUUCAUCGUCCAAUUCAGAUUGUACGGAAGAUGAAGACAAAUUGAAACAAAAACAAAUUCUCGUGCCUUAAAUUGGCCUUAAAUUAAUAGUAAAAGGGUAAGAUAAAUUACGCCAAAAAGUUACAAAAAAAUCUAAAUUAAAACUGUUUACCUACCUGUUGAAUCAAUUCUAGAUUUCUUUAAUAGUACAAAAUUAAAAGUAAAUUAAUAUUAAGACUUAGUUAAAUGUUUUUGUUAUUUCUAUACCUGUAAUAUUUUACAUAUUAUAUAAAAUUGUACGGGCUUAAAAUAAUAACAAAUUCACGGAUAUAUACAAUAAAUGAAGACAAUACAAAGAAGAAAUAAUUCUAAAAUCUGGAAGAUAACAUAAGCAAGAAGUUUUCUACGAGCAAGUUAACUCUACGUGCAGACUUCUAUAUUAUAUAGAAGAUAUUUUUGAGAUUCUGUGACCGAAACCGGAAUUAAUGUUGAAGUACUUCAAUGAGAACAUAUCCCUAGCGCUCCAGGAGAGGUACAGGGACCUCCAUGAGUACCGGAAGGAGGUAGAGGACUCACCGAGGGAGGCCAAAAUUCCAAAAAUUGCUGAGGAAGGGGAGAGUGUCGGCGGCGAAGGCGCCUUCGAGACGAGCGCCGAGCCGCCGUUCCCUCGCCUCCUGGAGGCGCCCAAGGAGGAAGACAACUUCGUAACAAGUUGGCUCCAAAACUCGUUUAAGAUGACUGCCGCUGAAGGUAACGAGGCCUCCCCGGGGGGUAGUGCCUUAGACCUACGAGCGGCCCCACUGUCUCUACACAUACCCGCAAUUCAAAGUGAAGCCCAAAGGUUCAAAAUGCAGGACUUUUGGAACAGGAGUAGACCGAGCUCUCCAGCUCAGGAGGAACAGCCAGGACCAGCACCUCCAACUCCGCAACCACCACCUACUCCUGACCACAAGAUUAUGACGGAAAAACUUGUUAGUGAAAUACAGCAACAACAGUCACCAUCAGCAGAUUCAACGAUGAGCGAACGAUCUCUUGUGCCGUUUGCGCUGGUAAAUUUACUGUCCUCACUCAAUAAUGUCGAUCCUCAGCAGUCGCCUACAGGGGAAGCCCCGAUCGGCGAUCGAAACUCAAUGUUGCCCUUCGCAUUGGUAAAUUUCCUGAAUAGCCUGAAUAUUGAUCAACAAGCGAGAUCGGGUCAGGCAAUCAGCGAGCGAACCCUGGAAGAAUGCUGGUCUACCCUGCAACGAGUGAGUUGGCACCUGUUUCAAUGCAUCUUCAUGCACAAGAACGCAAUGCAGAUGCAUGCGAGAGAACUCCAGCGAGGGUUAGGAGGGGAAGUCAAGCCUCACCAGUGCCAGCAGUGUCUCAAGUCCUUCAGCUCCAACCACCAGCUGGUCCAGCAUAUCAGGGUCCACACUGGAGAGAAGCCGUACAAGUGUUCCUACUGUGAUAGAAGGUUCAAGCAGCUGAGUCAUGUGCAACAACACACAAGAUUACAUACAGGUGAAAGACCAUACAAAUGCCACCUGCCAGACUGUGGCCGCGCCUUCAUCCAGCUAUCAAAUCUUCAACAGCACCUUAGGAAUCACGAUGCCCAAGUGGAAAGAGCCAAAAAUAGGCCGUUCCAUUGUAAUAUCUGCGGAAAAGGGUUCGCUACGGAAAGUAGCCUCCGAACGCAUACAGCCAAGGAGCUUCAGCUGCACCUUGGUGUUUUGCAGCAACAUGCGGCGCUCAUGAUAGGAGGCGCUACAGCCACCCCAUGCCCCAUAUGCCAAAAAGUGGUAUUCGGGGGCGAAGCCCUAGUAGAACACAUGAAGAACACACACAAGGACCCCAACGCAAGCGGCGUUGCCAGCCCACCUGCCACAUCACCGUACCCAGCGCAAGCUAAACCUAUUGAUCCUUAUAUAGCGAAGCGGCGGACUGCAAACCAUCCGUGUCCCGUGUGUGGAAAACAUUACGUCAAUGAAGGAUCGCUGCGGAAGCACCUCGCCUGUCACCCGGAAACACAAUUGACUAGUGGUCUUCGAAUGUGGCCCUGUUCUGUUUGUCAGGCCGUAUUCACCCAUGAAAGUGGUCUCCUCUCCCACAUGGAGCAUAUGAGAAUGGAACCGAAACACCAGUUUGCCGCUCAGUACGUGCUUUCAAGGGCUGCAGCCGAACGGCGAGAAAGAGACAUCCUAGCGGCCGUAUCAGCAUCGGCAGGUGCUUCUGGCUUACUUAAUUUGGCACCACCAUCACCAGCCCAUUCAGACUCAUCAUCAAAUGGCCGACUAUCUUCUUCCGCUGGCUCCGAAGCCGGUGCGGCUGUGAACAAACUAUCAGAUCUCCUACGGUCAAACAACGGCCAUCAGGCGUAUGGUGAUGAGAGAGUAGCUGCAAUAGCAGCUGCCGCAGCAAAUAUGAUGGCACAGCCUGGUGAAGGGUCUAAUGCUGUUCAAGUUGCUGCAGCUAAUUUGGUAACAGCAAUGCGACAGCAAUUGGCUAGAGAACCGCCAGCUCAAACACCAGAACCUCCACCCGCACCGACUGAAGCCGCAAUACGUAUACAACAGGCUGAAGCAUUGCUUCGAUCGCAAGCUGAAGCACUAAGACUGGCUGUGACUCAGGCCGCUGCAGGCCAUAACAAUGAGAACCCUAGUCCUUUACGACAUAAUGGAGGGUUUCCUCAACCAAACGAAGUUAGUGGACAGCUUUCCCCUGAAUUGGUAGAAGCGUUCCGAAUCGCGCGAGAACAAAGAUUUGAACAAGCGUUACGAUUACAUGAUCCGAGGAUGUUAGGCUUCAAUUUACCGUCUCCAGUCCAAGCUGCUCAACAAGCUGCGCAGGCUGCACAAGCCGCUCAAGUCGCCCAGGCGGCCCAAGCGGCACAAGUCGCUCAAGCGGCCCAAGCAGCUCAGGCGGCUCAGGCAGCACAACAAGCAGUCCAACAACAUCACAUGCAAGCCCAAGCCGUUCAAGCGGCACACGCCGCACAAGCAGCACAACAAGCCGCGCAGCAAGCUGUCCACCUACAACAAAACCCUCAACCGUGAAAUUUCAGCUAUUACUAAUCCGAUGCGAUUUCUCGUCGCUAAAAUAAGUAAUCUAAUGGAAAAUUUUAAGAUUUUUCGUAUAUUUUUGAACGGUUUUUUUGGACGGAGCGUGAAAUCGCCUCUGGUUGGUGAUUUGUUUUUUGCAAUUGAUUAUAAAUUGUUUUUGGGUGCAAAAUUAUCUAACUAUAAAUUAGUUGAGUAAAAUUGAAACAGUGAUUAAUAUUAAAUAAAUUUAGAUAGACUACUGGUGUAUAUAGAGAAUGUUUAAAGGAUUAUUGUGUACAUAUAAAAGUAAAUGUACCUAAAUAAAAAGUAUGAACAAAAUGGAACAAAAACUCGCCCAAGCAAGUAAUUAGAUGUAGAGGAUAAAUGACGAAAUCAGUGCAAUUCAAAAUUUAUUUAUUGGUUAAUGUUGUUUAUUUUAAUAGUAUAUUUUAUUUUAGCUUUAUUGCUUAGCUGAUUAGGUACAAAGGUUAUGUGCCAAAACAGAGCACGUUCUUUCGCAUUUAGCGAGUCGCAAUAUCCGUUGCAAUAUUUCCAUCUAUUUCUAGUUUCAAAUAUUAAUCUAAUUUUUUAUUUCAUAUUUUCGCAAUAACACAUCUUAUGCUAGUCAAGAAUUAUCGCACAAUAUUGUUUUCAAAAUUGUUUUUCUUAAAUCUUUUAUCAAUUGCUAAGAGUUAAUUUUAUUUUUUAAUGCCAUAUUAGAUUAAUUGUAUAUAUGCAUAAUGUUGAUGCUUCUGUUUAUAAUCUAAAAGAAUACUUUAUUUUAUAUUAAUUAUUAUUUUAAUGUAACCUUUAUUUACACUUUAAUUUGUAUAGAUGUACAUAUGAAUUAUGUUUUACAAGACUGCCGUAUUUUUCUUUAUUUCGGAGUUGAAAAAUAGUAAUUUUUCACUGAAAUGAGUCUACAGGACGUACACAAUAUAUGGAAUAUGUUAACACUACUUUGACAAGUCUUGACAUGAGACAUCCUUUCAUGGAUACAGAUUAAGCCCGAACAUACACUUUUAUUUUAUAUAUUCAUAUUUUUAAAUAAACAAUAGCCCACACGAUCUUUACAGAUCACCGAAGCAUUUUGCUUUCAGCAGCUUUCCAGUUGCAACAAUAGAUUUAUAGUUUACAACGAAAUUCCAAAAUCAUUCCGUUUUGGGAGAUAUCCGAAAUGGCAAUGAGUUUGGAAUUUACAACAAGAAUGUCAAGUGUUGCCGAAUAUUCUUUUAAUAUUAUCAUCAUGUAUUAUAAUUAAGGGCGUUUGUAUAAUUAUACAUACGACUAUACGUAUUUACAAUUAUACAUCGUAUUAUUCUACUUAUAAUCGUACUAGGUAAGGUAAGUAAACUGAUUUAAUGUACGUAAUUAUUUCAUUCUUGAAUUAAUAUUGGUAUAAGGCAGUGAUUACAUAAUUAAUGUGAAUUAAUGUGUAAUUCAAACUGUCACUGUAUCAAUGUAAAAAUGAAAAACAAUGCAAUAGCCCAAAUCGUUUCUUGUUUAUAUGGUGAAUUUUGGUUAUUAACUAUUUGAUUUAAUAACUGAUUUCCAAUUAUGUAUUUCAUUUAGAUACACAAAACUUUUCGGCGAAUUAUACUUAUCAUUUGGAGUGUUAAGGACAUGUAUAAGAGCAGGAUAUCCGACGAUGAAUCAAAUAGGAAACGUUAUACAAAUAAUACAUUGAAAAUUUUCGACUGACUUAUCCGUUAACGAACGGAUCGCUAUUUAUGUAAAAAAAAUCCUCAAUAAAUUUUAAUAUAUAAAUAAAUUUAAUAUAACAACAAAAGAAGUUCCUAUGAAUAUUGUAUAAAUUGUAUUGUUUUAAAUUUAGAUCUUAGUAGAAGGAAAAAUUUAUGGACGUUUGGUAUUUUUAAAGUUAUAAUUAAACAUGCAUUAGUACUCACGAGUGUGAGUUGUACAAAACUAAUGAAGCACGGAUCAGGAAUCCUAAAUUAGAUAUUUAGAGCAAGUUACGUUUCCAGAAAAGUGUUCAAAUCUAAAGCUUUGAGCUUGCGUCUUUGUCGAACGAUAUUUGUAAAAAAUAAUAUAUUUUCGAAAUACACAAAUUUUUAAAGAUUUUUUUAGACGGCAAAAAUACAAUAACUAUAGAUAAAGGCAAGGACGCAGGCUCAAAUAUAAUUUCUGUGAUCAUCGAAACGGAAUAGUUAUAACAGAUCAUGUCUGACCGAGUUAUGUUUAAGUUUUUGACAAUUAAAUUUUUUAAUGUUGAAAAAAAAAUUGUGAAAAAUGUGAAAUUUUUUCUACAUUUAUUUUACGAUAAAAUUCCAUAGUUAAGCUGUACAAUAAAUAAGCCUAAUUACAGUAUAUCGCGAUCAAUAUCGCUUGCUGUCAAGAGAAUGGAAAAAUGCGAUUCCAUUUCCGAAUUCGCAUUUUUCCCUUCCUUUGAAUUAGUUACAAUAGUACUGGAUUAUGUUGAUACAAAAUAUGGAAGAUAGUAUUUCCGUAUUGUUUUUACAAAUGCGCUGUUGGUUCGUUUUUAUUGAGAAAUGGUCGCGACAUUUUUAAUUUUAUUGGCUUAAUACGAUUAAUAUUUUUACAUUUUGUUACUAGACUUUAAGACGUUAUAUUUUCAUAAAACUGCUUUAAAAUCGACAUUUUGACAAUUAAUACAAAUUAAAAUCUCACGGAAAAUGAAGCAGUUCUGUUGUCUCAUAUGAAGAAUAAAUUUACCGUCUGUUAUGAAUAAAGAUCAAAACCAUAUUUAAAAAGAACAAUUGUAUAGAAUCUCGACUCGAUCACAGCUAAAAGUUUAGGUAACGCCGUAUAAUGAUUUUAUAAUAUACAAUUAAUUAAGCAAUGAGGAAUUUCAAAGAAUUAAUAUAAAAGUUAUAUUUCAAUCAUAACAGACAAAACUCGCGUCCAACUUGCGAUUACAUUACAUUUUUUAUUUUAAUGUUAUUUAAUGUUGUUAAACGUGUUGCAUUGUUUCCGUUAAGAACAAAAUGCAACGCUAAAACAAUGUUUUUGUUAAGUUUUUAAAUCAUAAAUUGCUGUUGAUUUUAUUAAUCAUCCUUAUUGACUGUUAUCGUUUUGAUUUACGCUUUGUAGUUUCUGUUUGUCUCUUAUUUUUAAAUAUUUAGCCAAAUAUACAAGUAUUUGUAAGUUAAGUGUAGACAGGAUAACCAGGUUUUCAAUUCAUAACACAUAGUAGUUAAUACAUAUAUUCUUAUGCUUAAGAUAGUAAUAAAUGUAAUGUGAUUGUGGGCCCGUUUAUAAAACACGACAGUAUUUUAUAAACGGGCCCAUUAGUAUGUGGAGUGUAAACUCCGCAUUGAGUAGUGACAACGAAAUAAAAAAAAACAAAAAAAAGUAAUUAAAUGUAAUAGGUAUCGGUGUUUUAUGGGCUAUGACCCUUUAGUGUUGCGAUCAUUUUGAGAUAAAAAUAUUUUCGAACCAAGCUGUGAUUCCGUCAAUAUAACGUUGGUAUUGUGAAUGUUUAUUUUGAUCUUUUGGCGAAAUUUUUGAAAUGUCAAAACACAUCCAACAGCGCAUUAUUUCUCUACAACGUUGCGACUAGCCGCUAAACUCAAUAAUGUCACACGGGCAUUUGCGUUGAAUUUUAAAAAGGAAAAUUUGUCAAGUGUUUUUGCUAUCCCAAUCGGUGUGUUCUAGUCCUUGUUUUUUAUUUCUAAAUGUCGUGAAUAUACAAAAUUUAAACACUUUUUGGCGUGUAAGAAUGGAAACGUUUGUAAAAAUUCAAAAUUAUUGUACCUAUUAAAAUAAUUCGGCUAUGUAUUUAGGCGUUAGUUUAGAUGUCAAAAUCACGUUUGGCUAUUAAAUAAAUUGUGUAUAAAUUAGGAAGUGACGUGUUACCUUGAUGUUUAGGUAUAAUGAUACCAGUUUCGAAAAAUCUACCAUUUUGUAGGGAAAAUUGCACGACUCUUCUUUUGUUUAGUUUUUAUUCUUGUAUAGAGUUAUUUAUAAUAUUUGUGUUAAAUACGAUGCCAUGUUUAACUAAUAAUUACUUUAAGCUCCGAUGUGUUUUUUUAAAUAUUAUAUUUUUUAUAGAAGUUAUUAUUUUCUUCGACUCAUAGUCAUACUGUAAAGUUAAGUUUUAGUGUUAUAACGUUAAUAAUUUUUAAAUUAAACUUUCGAACAAUAUUAACCCAUUAAUUUAAUAUUAUUUUAACAACGUGGAAUGCUUAAUGUGUCAUUAAACCGAGAAUAGUAACUAUUAUUGCCGAAACGGUUAGCUAUAAUUAUUUUAAAAAAUAAAAACAUGAUUCAUA